AUGGCUUCCACGCCAGCCUCUCUCAAUUUCGAAAUUCUCUUAGCUACUGAGGAAGACUGCCCUAGCCUCGCGAAAGUAGAGGCUGUCGCAAACACUGAUGCGGACAAAGAGAAGCCAGAACGGAAUAUUUCGCGUAUUCUCUUUGGUCCUCCGGACGAUGUUAGCUUCCGAGCAAAAGACUUGACUGAGAAGCUCCAAAGUGACAGGACCGUUCGGUUGUGGAAGGCAGUGGUCACCGAUGAAGAGGGCAAGAAAAAAAUUGUUGGCUUUGCCUUUUGGUACCUCUAUACAGAACCGAAGCCUAUUCCAGAGUGGAAAGAUAUAGAGUGGCCUGCCGGUGCAAACUCUGCUGGUUGCAAUGAGUUCAUCAGAAAGGUCGUGGAGACGAGAAUAAAACAUAUGUCGGAGAUGAGAUUUGGCUUUCUCCAAGUUCUUGCGACUCUAAGAGAAUAUCGCGGUCAUGGGAUUGGUUCGGCUCUCAUUAAUCAAGGGCUAACAGAAGGGGCUAGCCGUGGACUGAAUGACUUUUGGCUGGAAGCAUCUAAUGAUGGCCAUGGCCUUUACAAAAGAUUUGGAUUCCAAGAUGUUGAGCCUAUUUCGAUUGAUCUCGAGAAAUAUGGAGGGGUCGGGGUCUCUUGUCUUCGUGCAAUGAGGAAAUUGCCUAAUUGA